UGGGUCGGAGUUUGUGCGGGAGGUGUCGCCAGUCAGUUUAGUGCGUACAUGUUUUACUAUAAUAGGAAAGUUUCUGCUGUCUUUCUCUGGACGAUUGUAAACCCUAUAUUGUGACUUACGACCAAGCACUAGUGGUUCUAACAGUACGAGGCCCGAAGGAAGGAAGAGUGACAAGGAGAAGAGGAAGUGCAUUGGUGAUGAGUUUUGGUUGAAAACAGACUAGUAGAGCAGAACCAUGUGUGCACAAAGACUGUGGCCGACUGUCCAGGCCCUCGGCCGAGGCCUGGUGAGCAGCCGGUCCGAGAUCAUCCAGCAGGGUGUGAAGGCAUAUAAUGCUCAGAACUUCAACCCAAACCACCUCAGCCAGGGGCACUCCAUCUCCAGCCAUGAUCGCUUCCCAUUGUCACAAAGGAUCAUCCACACCUCCAGAGGAUCCUUCAACAAGGUCGUGGCUCGUUCCUUUCAUUCUGGGACUGUCCUCUUAGUGAAAGAGUUCAAUGACACUGAAAAUGAACAUGCACAUGCUGUGUUGCGCUCUUUGCCUGCCUACCAUGCAACAACAGUAGCCAAGGAGGAGAUUUCAGGAUCCACCUUCUACCACCAGUACACCUUCCCUCCAUUGGAUGCUGAGUGGGCAAGGUGCAGUGCUGAUGAGGUGGCUAACAGGUUCAUUGCCACAUCCCAGGAGUGCAGGUAUCGACCCAUGGAUCUAGAGGACAGAAAACACUCAGAGUUGUGUUCAGCGUUGGUCAGGAAUUUGAGACAGUUAAGUGAUAAUCAGUUGCUUAAGGUUCUCUCAGCAUUAUCACUGUGGCCCCCAACCAAUGCCACUACAACACCAAACUUUGUGGCACUGUGGAAUGCUCUUGAUCAAGCCUGUACAGAGAGAAUAAACAGGUGGGACAUGACUCGCAUGUUCCUGGUGGCUGAUCAUUGGUAUGCUCUAAGACUGUCACGAAUUUCCAUGUAUAAUAUUCAAAUGACCAAACUACUGGGCAGAAAAGUGUCGACCAUGGGACCCACUCAGCUGGUCCAGUAUUUGUUCUAUGCAAAUUUGAGCAGAAAACUGGAACCAUUUAUCAUAAAAAAGGACAUAGAGAAGCGUAUCUCAGAGGUACUCUCUCAAAUAUCUAUUGAGGAGCUUGGUGUUAUAGCAAUGGGCUUCUUCAAAACACAGACAUUCCUGAAAAAUGAGAGACUCGUUCAGGGAAUUGUCAAGAAGACACAGGAAAACCUGGAGUGUGUUUCUGAUGCAUCUCUGUGUGCCAUCCUGAAGUUGUUACGGAAAAGUAUUCCUGUAACACAGUGGAAAUUACUACACAGCCUCUUGGAUUCUCUUGUGCCUCAGCUUGACCGCCUGAACCACAUGUGUCUCCUUCAGGUGGCUCUUCUGGGCAAUGACCUACUUGUGUACCAUCCUCAAGCCAUUGACAUCAUUGCUUCAAAGUUUGCCAGUGAUAUUAGUAGUAUAAGGUUGAAAGACAUUGAAAGAAUAACCUUUGCUCUCAUGCUGUACAAUUGUGUGCCACCGAGCAGACCUGAUAUAUUCUCCUUGAUUGCUGAAGAGUUAAGGAAACCUGAAAGGACUAUGGAAAUCAAUCAUUACCCUAAAUGUUUUGUAUCAUGUGUAGUGUAUCUCACAACACUGGGGUUCUUUCCUCAAGAUUUGAUAUCUGCAGCUCUUCAGCCAUCUAUGCUAAACCUUCUAAGUAUGAGCCGCCAUUACUCAGACAUGGGGAGGGAAGUGAGUGAGCUGGAGUGGGCAAUGUUGAUUGAGGGUCCUCCCAACUACCAAGGCUACCGACUCAAUCCUGACCUGAGGCAGCAGCUCACCAGGGAAUACUUGGGAAACUUGCCAGUGGGACCCAUUAAAGGGAUGACUCACCAGGAGAAGUUGUUAAUAGAAGUAAAGGAGAAGUUGGCAGCUAUGUUGGGAGGACAUGAAUUCCUCACCAUUACACAUGUUUUGCCUCAUGUACAAACACCUGAUUUGGUGUUUUGUACUGAUGCUGAAGGGCAGCCAGUGGUACUGCCUCAGGAGUACAGGGACCUUGCCGCCACUGACCUAAAGCGGCCCAUGGGAUGGCCGAGAGAGAUGCGGUGGAAUACCGUUGUUGUUGCUGGCCGGAACUCAUUCAUUCGCAACACAGAAGAGUUGAGAGGGAAUGUCCACAUGAGAAAGAGACAACUUAGCAAUCUAGGCUACUAUGUGUCUGUGAUACCAUAUAUGGAAUAUAACCGAAAGAGUCUGCGUGCCAAGCUUAGUUGUCUUGACCGUUCUCUGAAGGAAGGUUCAUCUCUGUGUCUGGAUGGCCGUGUAGAAUCUGCAUGGGUCAACCUUAAGGCCAGUGUGGAAAGGCAAGAUGAGAUGGUUGGCUGACAGUGCUGUGAAGAAGCAGGUUAAGUGAAGGUUCAUCAAGAAGUGCCUAUAAGAAUGAAAUGUUGAGAUGUGAAAUGGGUCAACUUGCAGCCUUGCUGUUAGACAUGUUGACUGUUGUCAUCAUUUUAUAGGGUACCAUAGAGUUAGUUUUAAGUGCUAACUAAGUAAGAUGUAAUUGUAAGAUAAUCUUUAAUGUAGAAAGUUUAUUUAAGAUAAAGUCAGUAUCA